AUGGAUAAUAAAAAGAAGGACAAGCCAGAUGAAAGAAUGGCACGGCCUAGUGGGAGGUCAGGCCAUAAUCCACGUGGAACUGGUUCCUCAAAUUCUGGAGUGUUAAUGGUUGGCCCUAACUUCAGAGUUGGCAAAAAAAUCGGAUGCGGUAAUUUUGGAGAACUACGGUUAGGAAAAAAUUUAUACACAAAUGAAUAUGUGGCAAUUAAGCUGGAGCCAAUGAAGUCGAGAGCACCACAGCUGCAUUUGGAAUACAGAUUCUACAAGCAGCUAGGAUCUGGAGAUGGAAUACCUCAGGUUUACUAUUUUGGCCCAUGUGGCAAGUAUAAUGCUAUGGUGCUAGAACUACUUGGACCUAGUCUGGAAGAUUUAUUUGACUUGUGUGGUAGGACAUUUUCUCUUAAAACCGUUCUUAUGAUAGCCAUACAGUUGAUUUCUCGUAUGGAAUAUGUCCAUUCAAAGAACUUGAUAUACAGAGAUGUAAAACCUGAGAACUUCUUAAUAGGACGACCCGGAAACAAAACUCAGCAAAUUAUUCAUAUUAUAGAUUUUGGUUUGGCAAAGGAGUAUAUAGAUCCAGAAACAAAGAAGCACAUACCAUACCGAGAACACAAGAGCCUUACGGGAACAGCUAGGUACAUGAGUAUAAAUACACAUUUAGGAAAAGAGCAAAGUAGAAGAGAUGAUUUGGAAGCUUUAGGUCAUAUGUUUAUGUAUUUUCUCAGAGGGAGCCUUCCAUGGCAAGGUUUAAAGGCUGAUACAUUAAAAGAACGUUACCAGAAAAUUGGAGACACAAAACGAGCGACCCCUAUAGAAGUACUGUGUGAAAACUUCCCAGAGGAAAUGGCUACAUAUCUGUGUUAUGUAAGAAGGCUAGAUUUUUUUGAAAAGCCGGACUAUGACUACUUAAGAAGGCUCUUCACAGACUUAUUUGAUCGGAAAGGCUAUAUGUUUGAUUAUGAAUAUGACUGGAUUGGCAAACAGUUGCCUACUCCAGUGGGUUCAAUACAUUCAGACCCUGCACUGUCUUCAAACAGAGAAGCAUAUCAGCACAGAGAUAAAAUGCAACAAUCCAAAAAUCAGUCAACAGACCAUAGGGCAGCUUGGGACUCACAGCAAGCCAAUCCACAUCAUUUGAGGGCUCAUCUAGCAGCUGACAGACAUGGUGGCUCGGUACAGGUGCUGCUGUUUUUUCAAGCGGAGGAAAAGGAAAACCAUUCAGCGCCACAAAUGACUAGAACCAACCAGAACAUCGGAAAUUGCUUAUUUGUUCAACUGCUGUCUUGUGAUCUUAAAAAGGAAAAAAACAACAACAACAACAAAAAACAAACCCAAACCCUCCAUAAUGACCACACAUUUUUCAAGGACUCCCUUAGAAACAAUGUCAUGCCUGUGUGCUUUGACUUGGUUCUCCUGCAUCCAUCUUUUGUUUCUUUAAUUCAUCUAUUCUGAAAGCUUUAAGGUUUUGUCAAAUAUGAGUACUGCUUUGACCAUCAAGAAAUGGACCAAUGAAUUGGUACAAAUGAACAAUAUCUUCAGCAAAACUAAACUUGAAAAGUAUUUCUCCUGUCCUGGGAAGUACUAGCAGUGUCUUAGCUGAAGACAGAUAUUGUAAAUCUGUUACCCGAGUUCAUAGCAGCGUAUCAAAAGCAGUUUUCUUCAAAGAUGCAGACGAAAAAUAGAUGCACAACCAUGUAGAAAAAUAAUAAAAUCUCAAGAUUUCUUUUCUUUUCUGACAUCUGCAUUGAUUUUUUUUUUUUUUUCUUUUGUCCCAGUAUUACUGGUGAUACUGUAGUCAAAUUCUAUCAGCAUUAAACCCUGUCUGUGAUAUUGUGGUACAGUCACUGUCUAGAGAUACUGAGGAGGUUGAUUUAACUGUUGACAGUAGUCUAAAUGCUGCCGAUACUAAUGAACAGAAAGCAUUUCCAGUAGCCUCUGGGUUUGGAAACCUGCUUUUGUUAUGCCUACAAUGGAAUUGCAGUACAGUAGAAAUGACAAGUGUCUGUACAAAGAAUACUGAAGUUUGUAUAAUUUAAGUUGUGCUUCCAGUAAUGUUAGUAAGAUUAAAAUACCUUCAAAAGAGAUCUACAGAGGAAUUAUAAAAGAAGAAAUAAAUAUGAAUCUGGUUAAAGUGGAAUCAGUGUUAAAACCUGUAUGUUCACUAAGGUGACUGAUGAUUGACAACAUCUUUAACUUGAAAAUAUGGAUGUGCCAUGUAAUGUUAGAGAUCUGUUUGUAAAUUAUUUUACUCUUUAAUUUAGAAAACAAAUGCAAUGGAAGUGAGUUAGACUUCUCCCUUCUCUGCGUACUAGCCCAUAGCACCCCCAAUUUCCCGAGAUUCUUUUUUUCCUGGAAAUUUGUCUUUCAGUGUAAUGUCACUACUAUAGUAGCAUGGCAAGUAUGUGUCAGGCACUUCAUUGGACUGUGGGGAAGUACCUGCAAUAUGAACAAACCAGCAGUUGUGUAGACAAGGCAGCCCAUUUUAUAUUUUCUUCUUCAGAAAAUAUAUGCUCUUUUAAAUCCAUAAUGACAGAGGUGUGCUUUUGUCAUGUUUAGCUGCCAGUUACUGAAGAAGGGGUGUGAAAGAUGGAAGUGACUAGACAGAUUUAUUGACCAAAACUCAGAUUAUCUCAAUUUUUUAUAAUUCUUCUGGAGAUAAUUAGCAUUUUUUUUCUAUCCACACAUGCCUUUUGGCAUACUUAUUUAUUUUUAGUCUGUUUUGUGGUAGCAUUUAGAAUGUGUGUUAAAAUAAAUGCACACCUUUGAAUUCAUUAUUGCAUUUACAAGGAUUUUAGUUGUAUUUUGUAAUUUAUUUUUCCUUAACAGCCAAAAGUGUAUUUUUUUUGUUUGGAUUAUGUGCUCAUAUGUAUGCUUUGAUCUUUGUCAUUAUUGCUGUUCAUGAUCUCAAGUUUUUGUUGUAAAAAACCUGAACUUGGCCCACAAAAACAGACUAUAUAAUAGGUCAUAAGUUUCCACUCCACCAGUUUGUGUUAUUGAUUAUCUCAAACUCGUGAAGUUACUUUAUUUGAGCUGCAAAGGUAGGUUACUUGACCAUUCUCUCAUGAAAACACAUCCUUCUUUGUAGUACUUGGCCAAAUUAGUUGCUUUGUAAGACCUGUAAGUACAUGUGGUAUCUGUAUUUCUCACACACCUGAUUAGUUCUAUUCUCAGAGGUUUUUGACCUCUACAGUGUUAGUAUGAUCUGAACUCCAUACACAUAACAGGCAAGGGUGUAUAUUAUGGACUUAAAAUAUUUGAAUAUAUAAAAGCUGUUUAUUUGCUGAAAUGACCAGUAUUGAGGCACUUGUUUUUCAGCAAUAUUUUUUUAAGUGCUUGAUUUUAAUGCUGAAGAAGGUUUUCUUCUAGCAAAGCAAAGCGGUCAGUACUAAUGGAGGUAUGUUCAGGUUAUGCCAAUAUGAUUUGCAUUUAUAUCCUUUUUUUCCCUGUCUAAACUAAUGAAGUAUACAUUGGCCAAAUGUCUAAAAAUGAAAUACAUCUCUGUUUAAAUGUAAGACAAAAAAAUAAAGAUAGUUUUUUAAAACUU